CAUAGCUCGACCGCAAGCGAUGGUCUAUCUGUCAACCCGUACGGCGACUAUCUCGCCGGGUCGGAGGGAGCGGCACCCAUCGGAUAUUACGGGGUGUCCACCAUGACCGACGUGCCCUUCUACACCUUGCUCAUUCGGAAGACCCGGUACAUACCCCCGCUAACGCAAUCGGCCUGGUGGGAGGUGCGGUUCGCGGACGGUGUUCCGCGCCCCGUGGAGGGGUUUUUUCUGCAGCAGUCGGGCACUUCAACCCUCGCGGGAGCGCUUUUGGUGUACAACGAUGACGAGUCCUACUUUCGGAGCAACGUAUACGACUGGGACAGUUACGUCCCCAGCCCCUUGUCGGGGGGCAGUGAGAGUGCGCGCACCUCCUGGGUCAAUGUGCACCGGUGGGUGUUCAGCAUUCGCCUGGUGUCCGCGCUCGGCCCCGACAAGGACGGAAACCGAGAC